AUGAAAACUACAAAUUGCACUUACAAUAAAGAAUUAGAAACUAGCCCCAAAAAUCAACCUGACAUUAACAACACUACUGAUUCAACAUCCUCUGAUGAACGAAUGUCUUGUGAUAAACAAUUAGAAACAACUUAUUCCACAUCAGCAAAUGAAAGCCCUGAUAUUCUUUUAGUUUUUGAACCUUUGGAAAAAGCUACUACACACCUUUCUGCAUUAUCAUAUCUGACUUUAAAUGAUACUUGA